AUGACAACAUUCAUCCCCAGCAUCGCUUGUCAUCACAUCAGCAUUUCGCCCCACCAGGCCGCCAAGCACCGCCACACACCGCCACACACCGCCACACACCACCACACACCGCCACACACCGCCACACAUCGCCACCGCACCGCCACACCGCCACACACCGCCACACACCGCCUCACACCGCCACACACCGCCACACACCGCCAAGCACCGCCACACACCGCCAAGCACCGCCAAGCACCGCCACACACCGCCACACACCGCCAAGCACCGCCAAGUACCGCCACACACCGCCACACACCGCCAAGCACCGCCACACACUGCCACACACUGCCACACACCGCCAAGCACCGCCACACACCACCACACACUGCCACACACCGCCAAGCACCGCCACACACCGCCACACACUGCCACACACCGCCAAGCACCGACACACACCGCCAAGCACCGCCACACACCGCCAAGCACCGCCAAGCACCGCCACAUACCGCCACACACCACCACACACCGCCACACACCGCCAAGCACGGCCACACACCGCCAAGCACCGCCAAGCACCGCCACACACCACCACACACCGCCACACACUGCCAAGCACCACCAAGCACCACCACACACCGCCACGCACUGCCACGCACCGCCAAGCACCGCCACACACCGCCAAGCACCGCCAAGCACCGCCACGCACCGCCAAACACCGCCAAGCACCACCACACACCACCAAGCACCGCCACGCACCGCCACGCACCGCCACACACCACCAAGCACCGCCACGCACUGCCAAGCACCGCCACACACCGCCAAGCACCGCCACGCACCACCACGCACCGCCAAGCACUGCCACGCACCGCCACGCACCGCCACGCAUCACCAUUCGUCUGA